AUGGCCUUAUAUGCAAUUAGUAAGAAGUUCCGGUUUCCUAACAUCAGAUCAGCACCAAAUGGAAUGGUUUUAAGGUGUUUUAGCUCCAACUAUCAGUGGAGGGUAUACGCCACAAAGUUAAAAGACUCGGACGUCUACCAGAUAAGAAAACUCGAUCCCAUUCACACCUGCUCCUUGGACGAUAAAUCCGGUUAUCAGUCUCAAGUUACACAUCAUGUUGUUGGAGAGAUAAUGAAAGCUCGUUUCUAUGGUAGUGGCGGUGGUCCAAAGCCUGGAGAGAUACGUCAAGUCAUGCAAGGAGACCACGAUUUCCGUAUAUCCUACUGGAAGGCUUGGCGUUCAAGGGAAAUUGCUUUGGAAUAUGCCAAAGGAAACUCACGAGGCUCUUACAAUCUACUUCCUGAUUACCUCCGUAAACUAGCAGAAGCAAACCCUGGAACCUUAGCCGAGAUUGAAACUGAAUACAAGGACAACAUAGGAAACAUGUUUAAAUACAUGUUUCUAGCUAUGGGUGCCUCUAUUAUGGGAUUUGAAGGAAAAUAUGUUGGGUGUCUUCUAACUGCUUCUGCCCAAGACGGCAAUUACCAAGUGUUUCCACUAGCCAUUGCUAUCGUCGAUGGAGAAAACGAUAACUCGUGGGUAUGGUUCUUCAAAAAGUUACAAGCAUUCGUUCCAAAUACAAACAAUAUCGUGUUUGUAUCUGAUAGACAUUCAUCCAUCUAUUACGGAUUGGCCAAGGUUUAUCCAGAAGCGAAACACUGUGCAUGCAUCCUUCAUUUAAAGAGAAAUAUCAGGACUUAUUACAAGGAUAAGAAUCUAGGAUUCUUGGUUGCAAAGGCUGGAAGGGCAUACAGGUUGGCUGACUUCUAUAAGAUUUUCAAUGAGAUAAAACAUGUCAAUGCCUCUUGUGCAGAUUAUCUAAUUGGAAUAGGAUUUGAUCAUUGGGCGCGUUCCCAUUUACCCGGACGCCGUUACAAUAUUAUGACGAGUAACGUUGCGGAAUCAUGGAAUGCAGUGCUUCGUGAGGCCAUAGAAUACCCUAUAUUGGCCCUUGUAGAAUUUAUUAGAGCAAAGCUAAUGUCUUGGUUUUCUGCUUGGGGCUCAACAAUCUCAGCAAGUUUAGACAAAUUCACACCGAAAGUAAUGGAAAUUCUCGCCGUUAAUUUUGAGUCUUCGGCAGCAGCGGCCAUCGUAGCCAAGAUAAAAGUCGAUUCAUUGGUAGCUGAAGAGUACACCAAGAAUGCAAUGGUUGCUGCCUUUGUGGGUAGUGUCACUCCAGUGAUUAAUACUGAUGAUAUCAUAGAACUUACUGGUCAAUUGUCCGAGUUAGAUAUGCUUCCUCCGACUAGCAGGCGUCCCCCUGGCCAUCCACGCAAGAAACGUUUCCUAUCUCGUGGCGAAGUUCGUAGAAAGUCGAGCGAUCUCUGGUAUACGGUGUUGGUCAAACCGAAUGAGAGUUUUGAAGAUUUGGAAACUAUUAUCCGAGAUCGUUAUAAACUAAAGCCUGAAACACCUUUGGCGAUGACUUACCACCCCCCAGAAUGGAUGCUUGAACCAGAUGGGACUCGGAGGCCACCGAUUACUGUGAGUACAACCUCCGAGGUAGAAGCUAUGAUGCAUCUCCGCUCAUGGUUCACAGAUCUCAAAAUUUGCAUUUCAUCUGGAUACGAAGAUGUUGGCCAUUUCCAGUUUCUCAACAACACAAAGUUUACCGUCGGCGGUGCAACAUUUGUGUUCAAUGGUUAG